UAGUAUUAACUUUGAUUGCAAAACCUUCAAACCUAGGCUUAUCUCGUGACUGAAACUGUCUACAAAUAGCAGGCAAAUUCAUCACAGCUACAAACUCAGAGCUUAUUUUGAUUUCAACUUUGAAGUUUAGUUGUUUUGUGGAAUGGCAGCGAAGAGCAAAAUCCUAGUCCUUGGAGGAACAGGAUACAUUGGAAAAUUCAUAGUUAAGGCAAGCGCAGAAGCAGGACACCCCACUUUUGCCUUAGUUAGAGAGACCACCCUUUCUCAUCCUGAAAAGUCUAAACUUAUUGAGAGCUUCAAGAGCUCUGGAGUUACUCUUCUUUAUGGUGAUGUAAAUGAUCAUGAAAGCCUUGUUAAGGCAAUCAAGCAAGUUGAUGUUGUAAUAUCUACACUAGGUGGACAGCAGAUAGAUGAUCAAGUGAAGGUCAUAGCAGCAAUAAAAGAAGCCGGAAACAUCAAGAGGUUCCUCCCAUCCGAAUUUGGAUUAGAUGUGGAUCAUCACAAUGCAGUUGAGCCAGCAGCAAGCUUUUUCAACAAAAAAGUGAAAAUCAGAAGGGCAAUUGAAGCUGAAGGAAUCCCUUACACUUACGUUUGCUCAUAUGCCUUUGCUGGUUACUUCUUGCCUACAUUGGGACAAGAAAAUGUCACAGCCCCUCCCCGUGAUAAGGUUGUCAUUCUAGGAAAUGGAAACGUCAAAGGAGUUUAUGUCACGGAGGAAGAUGUUGGGACUUAUACCAUAAAAGCAGUGGAAGACCCAAGAACCUUGAACAAAACUCUGCACCAGAAACCCCCUGCCAAUGUUUUGACCUUCAACGAACUCGUGUCCUUGUGGGAGAACAAGAUUAAGACCACCCUCCACAAAAUCUACGUUCCAGAAGAGCAAAUUCUUAAGAAAAUCCAGGAGUCUUCUUUCCCUGCCAAUUUCUUAAUAGCAUUAGGUCACGCAAUGCUGGUUGAGGAAGCUUUUAACAAUGAGGUUGACCCUUCUGUCAGUGUGGAAGCUUCUGAACUUUAUCCUGAGGUGAAAUACACUACCGUCGACAACUAUUUGAAUGCGUUUGUCUGAAAUCCAGCGAAUGCGUUAUUAUUGCCAAUAAACUAUUGCACCCAAGUUGAUCAAUAAAAUCAAAGCAUCUUGUUGUGUAUGGCUGGAGAAUAUGUACUGUCUUUCUAUUAUUUAGUUACUUGUGCUUGUGUUGGCGUCAAAAGAGUUCUUCCUUACUUUACACUGUAACCUGUACUGUUGUUCGCUUAGCUUGGUGCUGCUUGCAAGUUCUUCUAGUAUUUAUUAUGGUUCCGUUGCAAUUUGUUCAUCACCACUCUGAUCCUAGUGGAUGUGCGUUGAAACUCAAUUGCCAACAAGUAUUACAGUGUGAUUAUCUCGAAGUUCUUAUAAAUUAAUGUCAAAGUUUUUCACUGUCC